GACCAUAGCCUAACGAAAAAUCGAACGAAAACAAUCGAAACGAAUCCAUCACGAGAGGGCGCUACCCAAAACAAUCAAUCAUACGAUACUAUCGAUGUCACGCCACCUGAUGCAACACCAAUAUUAAUGCCACAACCAUCGACGUCAAGUAACGAAAACAAUCAACCGUUGUAUACGAUUUAUCAUCAUCAAAAGCAAUCGACAUCGAAUAGCGAAAGUGAACAACAGCAACAAUCAACAUCGAACGAUAAUCAAAAACAACAGCAGCCGAAUGCACCGUACGUAAAUAAUCCUCAACCAUCGUCAUCAUCGUAUAACAGUUAUCAACAUCCAAACGUUCCAUAUUAUCAUAACGAUCAAUAUUAUUAUUACAACGAUCAAGCUUUUUGGUGGGAUUAUAAUCAAUAUCAGACGAACUGGUCGGGCGGAGCCAAAGUGGCCGCGAAGAAGCUUGAAAAAUUCAACGGUGAUCCUUUAGCAUAUCAUACUUUUCGGAAAACGAUUCAACAUUACGUCGUCGACAAUCCACAAAUCAGAGGAAAUGCUAAUAAAAUCAUGGAAAUCAUUGAUUUGCUGCCGCACAAAGAUCGCUACAUCAUCGAGUGCUUUAAUCCAAAUACAUGCACAAUGGUUUCAAUAAUGGCUGAACUCGACGAACAUUAUGCCAGUCCCAAUCGGAUAAUUCCCGCGCUAGUGGACCGACUUCGGAAGGCGCCGUUCUUAUCAUUGCGACCAUUAGAACGAGACUGGGAGGCAUUAGUGGAAGUUACCAUACUGAUAAGAAAUACAUUAUCAAGCGCAAAUCUCGCUUCAGAAGAGAGAUCGUUAGUGGGCGUGCUACUACAGAAAAUCGAUCGAGCACAUUUCAUGCAUAUCGGCGAUAAACGUGCUAUCACACUGGAGCAAAUCUUACAGUACUUUAAAACAGGCCUCGAUCGAGAACGAACGGCUAUAUCGCAGAUCGCGUCCAGUGAUCUGAAUGUAAAAUCGACUAAUCGACCAAGCAUGGUUGCAAAUCGAACGACGAAUAAUGUAAUGAUGACUACAUCGACAAACACGUGCAUGUUCGCCGACGGUAAUCAUAAAACAGAGAAUUGUCCAUUGACGAUACAAGAACGACGACAAAUUGCUAUCGAUAAACGAAUGUGUUUCAGGUGUGGUGGUUUCCGACAUAACAGUAAAGAUUGUGAUCGACGAUUCAAAUGUGACAUCUGUAACAAGAAUCAUAUAACGUAUUUGUGCAACGAUUUGAAACCCAAAUCAUUUCCACCAACCACGACAAACGAAAUUGAAUCAACGAAUAAUGCUAGUAAUGAUCAAACAGUACCGAAACAAAUUGCUGAAUCAUCGGCGUCAAAUGUGAAUCAAUCAUCGAAACAAUCCGUAACAAACAAUUUGUUGACACAAAACAGCACGAGUCUAUACAAGACAACGAUGGCUACGAUUAACGGACGUAACGUAAGAGUGUUGUUCGACGAUGGAUCAGGAUCAUCAUUCAUUUCACGACGAUUAGCCGAAUUAUGGAAAUUGCGAACCGAUGAAGUUGAACCGAUUUGUAUGGAAACGCUAAGUCAAUCAACGCCUACUAUUACCGGAAGUAAAGUAGUUUCAUUAUCGAUCCCAAUCUGUGAUGGAAGCAACGAACAUUUGAAAUUCCGCAUCAACGAUAAAAUAAAUACAUUACGAUUCGAUUGUGUAAAUCAUGAACAACAAUUAUUGAUACGACAACAAAAUAUUCCGUUUUAUGAUGAACCAAAGAUGGUAGAUAUUUUGAUUGGUCUGGACAACAUCAACAAGAUACAGUUGGAAGAUGAAAAACGAUUAUCGAUCGAUCUCGUGGCCAAACGAACAACAUUAGGUUGGACAGUGUUUGGAUUGUCAAGAAAUUUGAACGGAGUAUUGUCAUCAUGCAAGAACAUCGGUAACGAAAUUGGUCCAGAACACAAUGUCGAUAAAGAAUCCAAACUGAUUAUGAAUAAAGUUAUGACAAACUAUUGUAAAACUGAAGAUGUUAAAUACGACGAUUCGAGCAAACAAUAUUCAAUCAAAGUACCGUUUAUUAUCAACGAAAAAAUCGAUCCAAAUGUCAAUGAAAUUAAAGAAGUGAUGAAUCAUAUGUUGAUGCAAAUGAACGUUGACCGGCGAAAACAGUAUCGCUCAAUGAUGAAUGAUAUGGAAACAAAAGAAGUAAUCGAACCGACGAAAAUAGCACCGAACAUCAGCUAUCGUAUACCGCAUUUUGUGAUUAGUCGAGAUGAUGAAAAACAACCAUGGAAUAAAGCGAUUUUUAAAGAAAUCAUAUUGUGGGAUAUCGUUCGACCAUUAUUGAAGUUUUGCAUGAAACCAAUCGGUAUAAUCAAUGAUAUACAAUCUGUUUUUCAUAAUAUCGAAAUCGACAAGGAACAUCGGGAUUACGUACAGUUUUUGUGGUUGAAUCUAGAAGACAAUUCGAUGUGCUAUCGUUUUAUCCGUCGGCCAUUUAGAAUAUCGUCUAGCCCGUUUGUUACGAUUGGAAUUGCCGUAAACGUAUCGGAUGACGAAAUAAUAUCGCUAAUUUAUGGAAAAUCAAACUUAAUCCAACGAAAAAUUGUUAUUGGUGAAUUAAUCGCAUUAUCAUAUGGAGCUAUUAGAGCCAAAUCGAUUGAAGGAAUGAUUCGACCUAAACAUCUUAUAUUGUAUUCCAAUGUGACGAACAAUGUAAAACGUUCUGAACGCAAUAUCAACCAAUUUCAGUGUCCUGUGGCUGUACGUCUGUAUACUAUCAAAUCGAAAGUAACCGAUAUCGACCUGGAAAGAAAAUGUUAUAACGAAUGGCUUCAACAAAUUGAUGUGCCCCCAGAUCCGUGGAAGCGAAGUAUCAAUGAGGAGAUGAGCAAUCGAAUUCCAAUGUUAAUGACAAAAAUAAUGUUUCGAAUUAAGUCAAUGAAUGACAGAUGUCGUCAAUGGAGAACCAAGCCCGUGUCUGUGAAUAUUGAUAAUUGGCUAUCUUGGAAAUCGCCAAAAAACGGGGGAGGAAUGUUGAAAAAAUAUCGGUCGAUAGGUGGCGAUAAUUAACUAACAAGAAAUUGAGUAUUGACCGUGAUGAAGAUGAAUAGAGUUUCUUCUUCGUCGUUUAUUUUUAUGCUGUAUUGAUUUUUCUUUAUUAUUAUGUUUAUGAUUUAUAUCGGUAAAGACAUCGUAUUAAUAAAUUAUAUGAAAUAAAGUUUUCAUUUUGUUGAUCA